AGUGUGUAGAGAUCUAGAAGAUUAGAUCCACGUCAGACUUUUGUUUUAUUCAGAGGUUUGGCUUCCAGCCCUCUGUUCAGGCAAUAAAUUGGCUGUAACAGAGCUGCUUCUAGCAUUCUGUUCAGUUGAAGUAUCCCAGCAGAGACAAAGUAAGGACUCAGAAAGGAAGUCAAGUGAGAUCAUCGUCCUCAGUAUUUCUUCAACACCUCUGCAAUGCUGCUCCGCUCAGGCCGUAGAAAGCCGUAUCAAGUGCCUCCCCGUAGAAGGCAGUCUGUGAAGAAGAAAGAUCUGCUUCAAAAUACGAAAACAGUUCCAGUGUUUUGCCUGAGAAAAACAUUGAAAUGUUAUAUACUAACUGAAGAUUCAAAAACAGUGCAUUUUGAUAUAGAUGAAGAUGGUCAUCAUGAAAUAUCUACCAAGGAUUCACAAUCCCAUGAAGAUAUUGCGUGGUUGAGCGUGUUCACAAGGACUGAAGAGCAGGGAAAAACAGAUUCUAAAAAUUUGGUAAGCCUCACACAGAGAUCAAAACUUAAUGAAUUUGUCUUGUUGUGCAAGGGUAAGAAGCAUCUCUCUCUGAAGGUCUUAAAAGCAUCCUGUUCAGAGCCAGAUUGUCCUUCAGUGGAGAGGAGUGAUAUGAAAACUUGCAGUCACGAAGAUCCUGACUUUAAACAGCUGAGUGAAGAUAAUAACUUUUUCAUCAUGCAUUACCAAGGAGAAUCGGUGCAGUUCCAGUGCUAUGAAGACGAAAGAUACUAUCUGUGUGUGAAUGAUGACUCACUUGAUAUUCGUAAGCUGGAAAACAAAAAGCCCAAUGACGAGAAAAAUUUUUACUUCAGAGUGUCAUACUUACAGGAAAAGUAAUUUGUCUACCUUUCAGUGGCCUAAGUGCCCAUACAGCUCCUAAGAAGAUGACGAAGUUUGAGAUCAACUGAUUUCUGUCUGGGCUAAAUUUUUGCAUUUUCACAAUUUCUAAGUCACCAACACCUUUAUUUCUGUACAUUCAAUAGCAAAAGAGGAAGGCCAAGUAUGAAAAACAUACUAACUGAUCAGUCUCUGUGUCCUACCUACCAGUUAUGUUUUUAAGGAAACAAAAUAUUCUGGUGUGGGAAAAUAUGCAGGGGAUAUUUCAAAGAUGGAAACAAUAAGGAACAUAUAUGAACAUGAUCAUAAAAUAUGCCAUUAGUUCUGCAUGUGAUAAACAUUUUAUGUUUUAAAAACUGUCUCUUAUAAAUUCACUUGAAUGUGACUAGAAAACUUUCAGAAGUUGUUAAAUGCAUGUGUGCAAAACCUGACUGUCUGACUUGGAGAAAGAGUCAGAAAAGGUGUCUUGACUCUAUCUGGGAAUAAGGGAGGAUGCUGGAAGCUAGAAGAUGUCUCUGCACCUAUAGUUCCAAGCCAGCCCAUAUAGUCCAUUAUGCAAUUUCAGCUUCUCUCCAGCAUGGCAGGUCUCUAAGAAAAUGUACACAGAGCAUCAGAUGCUCAAUGUGCAGGCAGAGGGAGGGAGGCAGAUUGAACUGAUGGGCCAUGAAAGAUGCCUGCAAACAUACCAGAAAAUUGCUCUGACAUAUUGGCUUCCACUUUUGAAUCAUAGAGGGAAAUACAAUCAUAUGUUCAAUUGCAAAGCAGAGUGCAGAACAACAUCAGAAAAAACAAUAAUGUUCAAAAUUACUGAAUAAAAUAAACACUAAGUGUUUAUGCGGGAUACACUGGAGGAGACAUAAGAGUCUCCUUCGAGCAACUUACCUUUGAGGAACAGGGUCUGUCAGUGUCAAGUGGAAGAUGUAGACACUUAAAUUUCCAUAGACCAUGCCCUGAAAACCAUAACCUAUUAGAAAUACGUGAGAAACAACCUGAAAGUUAUCAAGGAUCGAUAAGGGUUAAAGAUCUGGUUCUUCAUUUCUACACAUGAACUUCCACUCUGAUUUAGUGGCAAUUUUCUGUGAUGCAAGUAAUUUGAGACUGUAUGUGUAUAAAUGAUAGACAUGAUGCACCUAUGCCAAGAGACUGCUGCUCAGUUGCAACAAAAGAGCCUACAAUACAACACACUUGCAGGAAUAGUCCUGAGCAAGUAUAAUGAACAAUUACCUUAAAUAAGAAUCCUAAUAUCAAUCAGUCAAUCAAUGCACAUUGCAAUAAUGCAAUUUCCUGUUGUAAACUAAACUCCAAAGGUGUGUGAGACCUUAAAAGAUUAGGUUACCUGUUGUAAUCUUCAAAUAGUGAAAAUCUUUAUGUUGGUUAUAAUGCUCAUUGAAGAGAACUUUUAAGUAUUUUAUAAAUAAUACUUACAACCCCUGGACCUACCAAGAGUUCAAUAAACUGCCAAGAGUUAGUGUGAAGAAAAAAACCCCAAAACUCUAGAUAUUAAUUUCAGCAUUUAUUACACUAGAAUCAAGUUAACUUUAACUACUUAGGAUGUUGCACAAGAAAUAUAUUCAGUCAUAGUAAGGACAUUAAUUUCACUAUCUGAUACACUAACACCUCAUAGUCAUACAUUUAUUAUUGGUAGUGUAGUCACCUCACAAAAUUACAGAAUGUGCUAGAUGGCAAAAUGAUGAAAAGAGGACAAGUCACCAUAAAGCUUGUAAAAAGCAUAUUAAUGAAAUCAGCAUUGCUGAUAUCACCACAAAAGUAACAUUUACCUCAGCUAAAUUUGAAUCUGUUUUAUAGUUAAAAUUUAAAUUAUGGUUAAUGCAGAAUUUUGUACUUUUACCAUGUGCCAUCUUUUUAACAAUUCAAGGGAAAAUGGAGUACAGCAGUGGUAAUUUUGUAAAAUUUUGGGUUUGAUAUCUAAGAUACUAAUAUCAUAUGACUUCUUUUCUCAUAAAACACAGUAAAAUCAGACAAAUUCAUAACUCUUAAUGUACAUAGUAAGGCAAGUUAAAAAAUUCUCUAUCCUAAUCUUUGCUGGGGUCUUAUUUUGAUCAUAAAAUCCCUUCAAACUGACAUUUUCCAGUUCCCACUAAUCUAAGUGUCUUGUGAGUGGCAGAAAAGUUUUUAAUAUGUGAGGUGGAAAUCAUAUAGAAAUUUUAUUUUAAAAUAGAAAAUGAAAGCCAUUUCAGACUGGCUUUCAUUUUUAGCCUUUCAGAAAAAUAUAGUUUCAAACACUUUACAGUGAAAUCCAAUGUGUCUAACAUUCAAAUAUGAAAUACAAUUAGCAUUUUGCUGUUUAAAACAAUAAUUAUAUUCUUUAACUUUCAUUUAACAGAUGUGAUAAUUAAUAAAAUAAUAAUAUAUAUAUGUCACUCUUGCAUUUCUGCCCUUCUAAAGCUGUGCCAUAAAUAAAAUACUGCAUUUUGUUUGCUUAGACCAAUGUAAUGUAAGUAUUCUUCAUAUAUUACUUCUAGUAUUUUGACCAUACUUGUGACUUCCUACAAUAAAACCUGUGAGAAGAACAGCAAUAA